AUGCGUGCCAUGAUGCCUGAGUUGCAAGUAGCAAACACGAGUGGUGAUCUUAUGGAUGCUGAUCCGGAUGAGGGUCCCAUUUUGUUGCUGGCCAAUGUGGAGCACAGCUGGUGGCAUAAGAUUUGGCACACCAAACCGCCACACAUCCUUGCUUGUUCACCUCCAUGCCAACCUUGGUCGGAGGCCGGACAUGGGUCGGGACUAGAAAGUGCUGACGGCCGCCUUUUGCUACAGCUAGCAUCCAUCAUGCGGGUGGUGCGGGUUAAGGUUGUGUGUCUUGAAGAGGUUGUAGGGUUUUCCAGACAUGCUGACUACCCGGCCGUUAUGCAGGCUUGGCAUGAGGCCGGAUAUCGACGGUUGUUUGAGUCGACACUUCAACUGUCAGAGGUCCUGCCGACACGCCGCCCACGGAGCAUGUUUGUGUUUGUUCAUGAAUCAGUGAGCAUGGAAGAGACGCUUAAAUUCCGGAAUUGCAUGUGGCAGCCGGUCCGCCGACCCAGCCUGGGCGGCAUGCGAGCCAUCUUCGAGCAUCUCCCGGAGCCUUUGCUUCGACCCUGCCUGCUCACCCCUGAGCUUCUUCAGGUUUACUUAGACCCAUGGUUUCUCCCACUAGGUCAGGGUACAUCUGCACUUGACGCACGCCGGUACCGGCUUUGUUCUCCAGCCCAGCAGGCCAGGUGUUUCAUGGCGUGCUAUCACCGCCAACAUGAGCUGCCAGCAGGUAUGCUGACUCGAGGAGGGAUCCUCUGCAGUCUCCUCCACGAGCGAGGUGAGUCCCGCUUCUUUGCGGCGCCUGAGAUAGCCUGUUGUCACGGAGCCCAGCGGGUUGUUCUGAUUAGUCACGACGAUCAAGUUGCGAUGCGACUGCUUGGCAAUAGCUUGGCUGUGCCGCAGGCAAUGCUUACUUUGGCCCAUGCACUGCUCCUGUUCCCUCAGGGUCACAAGGUAGAUCCGCAAUUUGCCGUCCACCAUUGCCUGCAGACUCGACUCCAUGCGGGGAAUAGUGCCUUGUUUUGCCUACCCCAGGGGUGGGCCCUGAUCGGUCACGAUGCGCUGGGAGACCUGCUUGCUGAUCGGGCUUUGCGGCGACUUCUUGAAAAAGGCAUGGCGACAGUUUCGGUUGUGUUUCAUGAGAUGCAGAUCCUCUGCUCAGAGGGCACCGAUCGGGAACCGUUUGUCGUCAGGUCGGUACACUUCUCGGCCCAUAUCAAGCCUGAGGUUCUGUUGGAGUCACUCCAGGUCAAACCCGCGGGGCCUGUGCAGUACGGUGCCCCUGCUGUUGCCGGUCACAUUCGACACCAGGUAGUUGCUGCAGAACUUGAACCAUUGCGCUUCUCCGCCCAGCCUUGUGUGCGGGCGCAGCGUGAGGGCCCCAUUCUGCUCUGCACUUCGGGAGGAUUGAUUGCUAUCAAACCGGCAGUCCCAGAUGUUUACCACCAGCUUAAGUGGGCCUUUGACAGGUGCCGCAGCAGCGAACAGCCAGCAGUUGUGUGCAUGACACCCUAUGGUGCCAAGGUGCAACAGGUUGAGGAUUUUCCGCCUAUUACCUUUGUUGCGGGUUCUGCAAACGAUAUUCACUUCCAUGAGCCCCGGCUGGACCAGGCCCACAUUGGAGCAAGUAUUGUUGCUGAAGACCUGCCUCGCCUUUAUGUUGGGGUUCCUGCCCAGUUUGCCUUCCAGUGGUGGCUGCAGCUUCCAUACCAUCUGUUGGAGUGCCUCGGGUGGGCUGCUGACUGUGAUGACCCGCCACAACAGGUUGAUAGCACAAUGUUGAUCACGUUACAGCCGGCCUCCCCCCAACCAGCAUUGUCUACAGCUGCACUCAAGCUGUAUCUUCGUGACCUGGCUUUUCAGUCCCAGCUCCUUGCGAUGGCCCAAAAUCCGAGGGAACUGUUGGUCGGCCCGCUCCAGGUGCAGAUUGAAGCCAGGUCGCUUUGUCGCGUCCUGCUGCCCGAAGCUUUGACGCCCAAUGAUGUUGAGGCUGCUUGGCGCACUGCCUGCCAUGCCCUUGGUACUUGGCCCGGCUGUAGGAUCUUCUCAGGCCCCCGCAGGCUUGAAGCGGAGGCGUCACUAGGCGAGCUGCUGUCUGCUGAAGGCUUCCAUGUCAAGUGCCAAAGCCAGCUGCCACUCCUCACUAUCAUGCCGGAAGUGAGGGGAGGGGGAGUCAAGGAUGAAAACACUGCCUUUGCCAAAAGCAAGAUGGCUACUUUGAUGCUGGAAAGAGGGGUGUCCCUAGAAGCCACACAGGCCACGGUCGAUGCAGUCCUGCCUAAGAUUGGUACAGCGGCAUGUUUGCAUGCACUCCGUCAAUCAGACACACAGGCUCAGUGGUCGCAGCUCUCCAAGGCCGCCCAGUCCAAGGGGCAGCAGCUCCCAAGCGGUGACAAUCGAAAUGAAAAAGCCGCUCAGCGAAUACAGCAAGCAGUGCGUCGCCAGCGCCUUCAUCAGCAGCGCCCGGUGCGAGCAUGUGACUUUCAGUUGCAACCCGACACGUGGUGUGGGAUGGACGGCCAAGUUGUCCCAGUCCUGGAUGAAAUCAGUGCCGAUGCUACAGGUGUGGUGCUGAUGGAUGCGUCCCAGGCCAAUGCACAAGAUAUCGCUCUCCUGAGGAAUAUGGGAUCUGAAGCCCUGUGUUUGGUGGUGCCGGGUCACCGCUGCCCGGAUUGUGAAUCCUGCUCCGGGCGCACCAGCGUCCCAGUGCUGCAUCGGCAAACUGGCCAUCAGCACCUCAUUGCUGCCUGUUACCACAAUGUUGGGGAUACUGACAUCACCCCCCACCUGCAGCAUGGUACCCGGGUUGAUGUGGAGGACACCAUUUGCUGCUCCUUCACCAUGUGUCAGGAGGACUUUGCCAAUGAACAACAGUGGCGGGACCUUGCUGCUGCCCCAGUGCGAUCCGUCAUUGAAGCUUUCCGUGCACGAGGGGUACAGGACGCACUUCACCAUCCUUGGGCCCGUGCGUACCGAGCUGGUGGCAAGACCAGCAUGCCUCACUUGUGUGAUCAGUUUGUCUUUUACGCCAAGGUGCCGCAGGGACAACUUAAGGCAAUGCUUCAGCAAAGCGGGUUCAACAAGGUGUAUGUGGUGCCUCGCACGUGGGACCGCCAGCUUCUCUCAGGAUGGUCAGUUGUGUGGCUGCCGGUCUCCCGGCAUGAUGUUGAGAAACAAGCAUUGCUGGUUCCUGAACAACAUGGACUGGUCAGAGGCAAGAAUAAGUUCGGCCUCCGAGUUCCGUCCUCAGCCUUCCGUAAGGUCUUUGUACAACUCCGACCGGGAGCGGAUGUGCCGGAUAGCCUGGAGGUUACUGAAACUUGGAAGGUUGGCCCCUUCCCUGCUGCAGCAUCUGCUGAAGCCGUCCGGGAGUGGUCUCGCCGCAUGAACUGGCCCACCAGGGUCAUAAAAAGUCUGGGUCCGCAGUUCUGGUUGUUGGGUGCUUCCUCGGCCCCCCCUGAUGCCACCAUGUUGUUCAAUACUACACCUGUGCUUGCCUCUGCUGUGAAAGGCCGCGAUGUCAGGCCUCCCAUUGUGCAAGCUGGUGGCCCUCUGCCGCGGUCCGACCCAGGCGCUGCUGUCACCAAAGCUGAGACCGACCCUUGGCUUGAGAGUGACCCGUGGAGCUCUUAUCGUGCCUCGCAAGCUGCGCCUCAGUCUCGCUCCCCGCCUGGCUUGACCGCACCGGCGCCUCUUGAUAGUGCCACUGCCGGCCGUUUGGUGCAACAGGACAGUCGAAUUUCAGAACUUGAAAAAGGGCUGCAACAGUUGCGUGAUGAACAGGUCCAGGGCCUCGGUAGUGGACUCCGACAGGAUUUCCAGGCUUGGACGACGCACGAGUCGACCAUGACUUGUGACAGCGAACAUGGCCUAGUGCCAGAUGUGCAGGCCCUAGUUGCAGUCCAGGCGGAUGUGAUAUCACUCUCUGAAACCUCUGCUGUGGCCCGUGCCCAGAAAGUUACUGCCGCUGCACUCCGCAAACAUGGUUUCAAGGCCCAUUGGGGUGACCCUGUGCAGCCCCAUUGCCGUGCCGAGUCUGACCGGCCCUCGAUGCGGGGCCUUGCUGCUGGGGUGGGGCUCUUGUCCCGCCUCCCUUCCCGCAGAUCUAGUGUGCCGCUACCGCCUGAGGCAUCUGCUACGUGUCGAUUGGCUGAAGCUUUCGUCCGGCUUGGUGCGCUGGAGAUACGUGUCCUCACCAUCUACGGUGUUCCAAUGUCUGAGCCUGACGCCAAAGACCGCACCAAUGAGCUUCUUCGACAAGCCUUUCUUCGGGCGUCCCAGAAUCCGAUUCCUUGCAUUGUGGCGGGCGACUUCAACAUGCGGCCCUUUGACUGCCCAGCUGGACAGGCUUUUCAGGCGCAAGGGUACCAGGAUGUCUUUGAUUUGUACCGUCAUCGUGCUGGUCAGGACCUCCCGCCAACCUGUAAAGGGAGUACACGUCACGACACCGCGAUACUGCAUCCUGUGCUGGCCCGCCUUUGGAGAGAAGCUUGGGUCCUCCAGCGCCAGCUGUUUGACUCACACGAACCGUUGUGUUUCAGCCUGUGCAGUUGCCACGCCCGCCCUUGUACCAGGGUCUGGCGCCUCCCUAAGCCCUGGUCCCAGCUAGGAGUUGACCGACUCACAUUUGCGGAAGCUUUUCGGAGUCGCGCCCCACAAUUGCAACGACAAGCUGCCCUUUGCCAGAACACGGAUGACGUUGAUGCUGUGUUACGGGCUUUCUCAGAGGCGGCCGAGGCUGCUGCUGAAGCUGCGUUGAGAAAACAGCACGAGCUGGACCCCGUCUCCUGCCCCAACUUCUGCUUGCCCCGCGCUUUUCGUGGGCGGUGCCAGCCACGACGGCACUUGAAACAGGAGAGUGCCUGCAGGAGCCGUCCAGAUUGGUCGGGAGGCUACAACCCGGAUGUUGAGGUCACAUCGGUGCUCGGACGCCUCAAGGUCCGACAGGUCCGUCGCCUCACUACUCUCCGCAGCGGCCUUGCCAAGUUGCAGUUGAUGGGCGCCACCACCAGACAUGACCUUCGCUCCCAACUCCAGAGGGAGUGGCGAGCUGUGCAACAUGCAAAGGGCUAUCCGCCCUUCUCCGACUGGUUGCUCAAUGUGGCUUGCUUUAGCGAAUUUUAUGUUGAGCUGCCGCCACUUGAAUGGCUGACUGAUGUCGUGGCCUAUUGCCGCUAUGAUUGUGACGCCUUGGUCCGUCAAGAGGCCCGACUCCGACGGGAUACUUUCCUCCUCCGGGUCAAUGUCGAUGCGGAGGUAGGGGGCUCCCGCCAGGGCUUUGCUGCCAUGCGGGCCCCGCCCAACCCGCCGUUCACUGAAGUGCCCUGCACUGUGGCUGCUCGCGUUCAGGCUGUACACACGACGUCCCCAUUGCAUGGAUGUCCCCGUGAGUUUGUGGUGCCUGAGCAUGCCUUGUAUGUCCACGGCAGUGCAGAGCUUGAUGGGGUGCCCUGCCAGGUGUUAGAGGCUGGUGAUAGGUACGUUCGGUUGCAAGGGACGGCGCUUCCUGAUCAGAUUCAGCUUUCGCAAUCUUACACUGCGUGUACGGCCCCAGAGCUGCACGCAGCCUUCCGGAGCUUUUGGGCACCCCUGUGGCAGCGGGACUCUGGUGCCGCCAGCAGUGACCUUUCUUCCUGGCCUGAUUUCCAGGCAGUGCUCGCGCGCUCCACUUUGUCCCCUGAUGCUGGCAUCGACAUACAGUGCUCACCGCAACAAUGGCGAGAUGCAAUUAAACGCAUGCCGGCCCGCAAGUCAACCGGGAUAUGUGGCUGGGCCCCUUCGGACCUCAAGUUGUUGUCUGAUGAGGCCCUCUCUGUGCUAAGCGCAGUCUUCACGGCUGCAGUCCGCCAUGGCCUGCCGCAGCAUAUCCUCCGUGCCCGCGUGUGUGUUCUGGCCAAAGUUCUGUGCCCGGACCACAUUAAACAAAGCAGGCCGAUCACUAUCUUCAGCACACUCUAUAGGGUCUGGGCGUCGAUUGUGACACGCUCUUUGCUUCACAGCUGGAAGGACACUUUCCCGUCCGCCGUUGCUGGAUCGAUGCCGGGAAAGUCGUGCCGAGAGGUGAGCCUCAAACAGCAGCACUUGAUUGAGCUUUCGCUUAUGGGUGCGGCCCCGCGUGUCGGCUUCUCUUUGGACAUUGUGAAGUGCUUUAACCAGCUAGGUUGGCCCCCGGUUCAGGUUUUAAUGACCCGCCUCGGUGCACCCCAACAAGUGAUUUCCUUUUGGCUGGACUGCCUGUGCAAACUUGAACGACAUUCGAGCUUUCUUGGAGACCUUUCUGCAGGAAUUCCUUGCAGCAACGGGGCCCCAGAAGGUGACCCGCUCAGUGUUGCAGCCCUUGCGGUUGUGUGCUGUUUCGCUGAGGAGGCUUGCCGUACCGACAUGGUAGCCUUUGACACCUAUGUCGAUAACUGGGGCUGGUCAAGCAACAGCAGAGCUGCGAUAGAGCUUGCAAUUCCGAAGGCCACAGGUUUUCUAUCUGCACUCUCUCUCCCUGUUGACUGGGCCAAGUCCUACACGUGGGCCACCUCUGCCCAAGGCCGUAAAUGGUGGCAAACGGCUCAUAACAGGGUCUUCCCAGAGGGCACGAAAGUGCCACUUGUUAGCGAGGUCCGGGACCUUGGUGUGUCGUUCAAGUACGAUGGCCGGCCACACGCCGCCUCCCGCUCAAGUCGGCUACAGGACGGACUGGAGCGACUCGAUCGUCUCCGGCAGCAGCCUCGCAGCCCCUGCCUCAAGGCAUCAAUGGUUCAGCGAGGCGUCUGGACGGCGUGCCUGUACGGUGCUGAGGGCCACCUGUUUUCCCAGGCUGAGAUUAGUCAACUCCGGGGGCGAGCCGCUCGAGCUAUCGUCGGCCAGCACAAGGUCCUGUCUCCGUUUCUCGCGUUGUCUGCUCUGUCUGCUCACUGUCAGGAUCCUGAGUUGUACUGCAUAGAACAACAGUUGCAGCUGCUCCGCCGAACAUGUUCUUGCGACCCAGACCUGGCUGCCUCGCUGCUGGAACUUGCUACGCAAGCACAGCCGCCCCGCUCUUACCAAGGGCCUGCGACAGCACUGCGGUUGGCGUUGGACCGCCUGGGCCUACAGAUAACCUCUGCCGGGGUGAUCAAGGGUCGUGAUAAUACAUGGGUUGAUGUCACGAGCUGCCAUAAGACUGAGAUUCGACGACUGUUGCGACGUACAUGGGCUCUUCAUGUGCAAGAGCAGGUUGCCCACCGCAAUGGGUUGGCCGCUGCCCCCCCGGUCCACACUGAAGAAACUGGACGCUUGCUACAACAGUUUAAGAUCAACGACCAGCUGGUGUUGGCUCGACAUAUCACAGGGGCUUUCUCCUCUGCUGCAGCCCGCCACAAAUGGGACCCCUCUGAGACUCCGCAGUGUGCCCUGUGUGGCCAAUUGCAAACCAAAGAGCACAAGUUCCUGCACUGCCCGGCCUUGGCUGGUGUGCGGGCUGACUUUACGGAAGUGCUGCAAGAAGUUGUUGCCACGAAAGCCUAUUGGAUACAUGCGCCGUUUGCGGCUGCUCCCCCAGACCUGGAAGUGAACAACUUGAUUUUUGCCACACGAGCGCUUCCGUGUCCAACGACUGAGAUAGGUACCUACGAGGAAAUUGGAUCACGGCCUUUUGUUCGGCUCUUCACGGAUGGCUCUUGCCGUCACCCGACUGUUCCGGAGGCCUCUCUUGCUGCGUUUGCUGUUGUGUUGGACACAAGCACAUGCGAUGAGGCUAUACCAGGUUUGCUGGCAAAGUGGCGCGAGACAGCUAUGCCACCUACUGAGUUUCGAGUUGUGUGUCAAGGAAGCGUGCCUGGUCUGCAGAGCAUCAACCGUGCUGAAGUGUGUGCGCUUAUCCAGGCCAUUAGGGUCGCACAACUGUUGUCGGCCCCCUCCGCUGAAAUCUGGACGGAUAGUGCAUUUGCCAUUAGGGAAUGGGAGAGGGCAUGCGCAGGACAGGACUGUACCUGGCCUGAUCUGGGUGCGAUGUUGGCCCGGCUUAGGCAUUUCCCGGUGCGCCUCCGGAAAGUUGCGUCCCACCAGGACCUCAACAAGCUAUGGGGCUUGGAGCAGUGGGUUGCAGCGGGAAAUGAGGCCGCUGAUGUGGCAGCGAAAGCCGCCGUCGGUCGGGAGAUGCAGUGCGUUCGAGACAUAGCAGAUGCCGCCAACGACUUCUUGAAGGACCAGCGUCGACUCCUCAAACAGUUCUGGACUUACCUGGCACGACUCUCAUUUGAGGAGGCCCGUCUCUUGCGGUCGUCUGGUACCGGGACGGAACAGACUGAAGAUGAGCUGUUCCCUCGCGGCCCGCCGAUCGACAAGUGGCUGGCUCUGAAUACAGGGCUGCACCAAACGUGGAAUGUCGGUAUCGUCCAACGGGAGUGGCUACUGGCCUGCAGCUGGCCCCCGUGGUUUACAGUGCCACUAUGGGAAUGGCUGCGCACGCUUGAGUGGGCGGUCCACAUGCCCACGGGACGGGCUCCUUGCGGAGUUGCCUACGUUGAGCUGCUGGUUGCUUUUGUGUGUACAACAGGAAUUUGUCCGCCUGCCGGACUGGAUGUCGAAAAGUCGCAUGAAGCAGUGCUCACUGACAACUUACAGAUACCGACGACAUUGCGUCAGCUGAACCACAGUCUUGUCGAGGCUGUGCGACAGUUGGAGCGAUUGUCACAUGUGGCCUUGUGGCCCCCACGGAGGGGUAAAGUUUUCUCUUUACGGGCUUUGAACUGCCGUGAACCACGCAUUGGUCUUACGCUACGGCCCUUCUUUCGGGAUCCCGACCAGGUUGCGGAGAUACUGUGCCAGGUCAUUCAGACGUCGAGUGUUGCCCCAUUACGGAAAGUUGCCUUGAGCUGCGGGAAUAGACCGUUCGCUCCGGAUGAAGCUCUACAGCGAGCUUGGAAUUGUGUUAAUGCUAGUCAACGCGCCAACAUGGGUCUGCGUCAGAACAUCAUCACGCGGAGCGUGGCAGUCAGUGCCUGGGGCCGCGGUUAUCGCUGGCAGCAGGCUCUGGGCUUGCUGCAUAGCAUCGGCCAGGAGUCCCUAGAGGCCAACGUUUUCACCUUCACUGCCACCAGCUCCGCAGCCGAAAAGGCGCAGCGGUGGCGGACUGCUGGAGAACUGCUGUGCGUGAUGGGCUGUCAAAGUGUGCAGCCCAACGUGCAGGCAUUCAGCGCCCUUUGCAGCGCCUGGGCCGAAAAUGGAUCUUGGUGCCAAGCCGCGGCGCUCGUGCAAGUGAUGCAGACAGCAGGGCCGCUGCCGAACCAAUUCACAUUCAACGGCCUAGCGCGUGCUUGCCAACGGGGCGACAGCUGGACCCAUGCGCUACGGCUUUUCACCAUGUUGGACGAGGGACGAGGACUUCAGCCAGAUCUCCUUACCUUGGAUGCGACCAUCAAGGCCUUCGAGAGUGGAGGUCAAAUGCGACUCCUCCCACAUCUUGCCGAUUCACUCCAGUUUGUGAGAACGGCAGACGGCAACCAGGAAGCUUUGGUGCUCGAGCUGCUGGGCCACGCUCUCUUGGCAUCGCAGGCGGCAGCCUUUGCCCGGCGUCGUGUGAAGCCCGCGCUGCGCCGGCUGCAAGGUUGGCUGCAGCCAAGCGAUCAAGAUGCGGUCCUCGCCGCGCAGUUCAACCUUGGAGAAUUGCACACGGCUCACGUGUUGAGGAAGACUUCCUUGUCGCUCCGAUCUGCGUCGUCAUGUGCUUGGCUGCCCAGCGCCCGUCGUGCCGCACGAGCCACUGGCAGAAGCUCCGCCUCUGAGCCCGUCGCGAAGGAACUGCCGGCAUCUAUGGCGCUAUGCUCCGGGAAACAAGCCGUGCGAUGCCGCCCCUUUGGCCACGGCGGAAGCAGGCGCUACGAAGACAUGAAGCUGCUGAUGCAAGUCUACGUAGAGCACGAUCGCCUCUGGCAUUCUGAACGACAUGCCUUGCUGUCGCUGCUGAGCCAGCUCCUGACAAGGAGAGCUCAUCUCCCCAGCGCGUGA